UAUUCAUUUAUGUCGAUCACUUGCGUAGACACCUAUCUCUAACUCUAUACUUAAGUUUGAAAUAUUUUUUUAAUAAACAAACAUAAAAAAAUGAAGUCCUGCAUAUUCUCUAUUGUAGGAAUUUUAUUGGCGGUUAUGGCUAAAACUCAUAGUGAUCCAAAAAUGACAAGAGAGAUUCGAGAUACAUUCAAAGGAAUUAUAAAGUCAUGUUCAGAUAGAAUAACUCAUGAAAGUUUCGUUAAGAUGAUUGUGGACGAUGAUGUUCAUGGCAUGAACAUAGAAGUCAAAUGUUUCGCCGCCUGUGCUUUGUUUCACGUAGGGAUAAUGAAAAACGGUAAAAUGCACGUGGAACAAAUUGAAGAAAAAUUAAACUCAAUGAUUGCUACUACUAAAUCAUGCGCUGAAGAAGCUAACGAAAGCGCUAACGAAUGUGAUGUCGCCGGAAAAUUUGGGGAAUGCAUGAAGAAACGCGACAUGUAAGAAGAAAAGAAUCAGUAAAUACAAUUUUGGAAUCUAUUGGAUACUGCUCAAUAGUUUUGAAGACUACUUUAUUUUACGGAUUUGGAAACGCAAAAAUCAACUUUUACUUUUAUACUUUAUUAUUUGAAUUAUUUGUUCAGCAAUACAUCAAAAUUUUUGAAAU